AUGACUAUUAUAGAAAGAAAACAAUUAGCUGCUCAUCAAAGAAGAGUGGGACCUAAUACUGUAGGUUAUUAUGGAGUUCUUCAACCUUUCGCAGAUGCUCUUAAAUUAAUACUUAAGGAAACUGUAAUACCUUCUCAAUCCAAUAAAGUACUAUUUUAUUUAGCACCUGUUUCUACUUUAGUGUUUAGUUUAUUAGGUUGGGGUAUUAUUCCUUUUGGACAAGGAUUAGCUUUAUCCGAUUUUUCUUUAGGUAUAUUAUAUACUUUUGCUUUAUCUUCUUUAGGUGUAUAUGGAGUAUUAUUAGCCGGUUGGUCAGCAAAUUCUAAAUAUGCAUUAUUUAUUUUUUAUUUCAUAGCUAUACUGGCUGAAACUUCUAGAACUCCUUUUGAUUUACAAGAGGCGGAAUCAGAAUUAGUUGCUGGUUUUUUCACUGAACAUUCUUCAGUUCCUUUUGUUUUCUUCUUCCUUGGAGAAUAUUCUUCAAUU